AUGUGCGGUAAAACGAUGCCAGAUUGUCGUGCAUGGUUUGAGAAGUAUUUGGGGUUAUCGACGGAUUACAGGACACCAAGCCAAUCCAGAUCUGAGCUUGUGGCACCGGAUCCAAUUGAUAAUCAGGCAUUCAUUGACUAUUUGAGAUCGAAUAAUAUCUCAUUCUCGAACGCACCUCAAUAUCGAAUUGUUCGAUCGCAUGGUCAUACAGGUUCGUAUUAA